AUGACGAAACUCAGCAUCAAGGACGUGGACGUCACCAACAAGCGCGUGCUCAUCCGCGUGGACUUUAACGUCCCCUUCGCGCAAGAUGGAUCGAUUGCCAAUACGCAGCGCAUUGACGCGGCACUACCCACGGUGCAGCACGUCUUGGACCAUGGCGCUCGGGCCGUUGUGCUCAUGUCGCACUUGGGGCGUCCAGACGGUCAACCCAAGCUGAAGGACUCGCUCACGCCCGUUGCUGCCGUUCUCGAGCAGAAACUUGGCCGCAAGGUCACGUUCUUGAAGGACUGUGUCGGUCCCGAGGUCGAACACGCCUGUGCCGAACCUCCAGCUGGGAGUGUCAUCUUGCUGGAAAACCUGCGGUUCCACGCUGAAGAAGAGGGGAAGAGCAAGACCGCGUCGGACGGCAGCGCCGUUGGUCCAGACGUAGCGGGCUUUCGUGCUUCAUUGAGCAAGCUGGGCGACAUCUACGUGAACGACGCUUUUGGUACUGCCCAUCGCGCUCAUAGCUCAAUGGUGGGCGUGGACCUCCCGGUGAAAGCUGCUGGCUUCUUAUUGGACAAGGAGCUUGUAUACUUUGCCAAGGCACUGGACGCCCCGCAACGCCCGUUUGUGUCCGUUCUGGGCGGAGCCAAAGUUGCCGAUAAGAUUCCAUUGAUCAUGAACAUGCUCGAUAAAGUUGACGAGAUGGUCAUUGGCGGCGGCAUGGCGUAUACGUUCAAGAAAGUACUGAGCAAUAUGGAGAUUGGCAACUCGCUGUUUGACACGGAAGGUGCCAAGAUCGUGUCGGAGAUUGUUGAGAAAGCCAAAGCCAAGGGCGUGACGCUGCACUUGCCGGUGGAUUUUGUCAUUGCAGACAAGUUUGCUGCUGAUGCUGGGAAAAAGGAUGUCACGGAGAAAGAUGGGAUCCCCGCUGGCUGGAUGGGUCUGGACAUUGGUCCAAAGUCCAGUGAAGCGUUUGCUGCUGCUAUAAUGAAAGCCAAGACCAUUGUUUGGAAUGGGCCCAUGGGCGUCUUUGAGUUUGAUGCCUUUGCCAAUGGCACGAAAGGCGUCAUGGACGCUGUCGUCAAGGCUACGGAAUUGGGUGCAACGACUAUCAUUGGCGGCGGGGACACGGCCACGUGCUGUGUGAAGUACAACACGGAGGACAAGGUCAGUCACGUGAGCACGGGCGGUGGAGCCAGCUUGGAACUUCUCGAGGGCAAGGUGUUGCCUGGCGUCGAUGCCCUGUCACCGGCGUGA